AUGGUGAGAGGGAAGACUCAGAUGAGGAGGAUUGAAAAUGCUACAAGCAGACAAGUGACCUUCUCCAAGAGAAGAAAUGGUUUAUUGAAGAAAGCUUUUGAGCUUUCUGUACUUUGUGAUGCUGAAAUUGCCCUCAUCAUUUUCUCCCCAAGAAGCAAACUCUAUGAAUUUGCAAGCUCAAGCAUGAAGGAGACCAUCGAGCGUUAUAGGAGUCAUGUAAAAGAGAUUCGAACUCAGAAUUCUCCAUGUCCAGAAGAUGUCCAGCAUUUGAGACAGUUAGCAACAGGUAUGGCAAAGCAGAUAGAGCUCUUAGAAGUUACAAAAAGGAAACUUCUGGGAGAAGGUCUGGGAUCAACCACCAUUGAAGAACUACUACACAUUGAACAACAGUUGGAGAGGAGUGUAUGCAUUAUUAGGGCAAGAAAGAUGCAAGUUUACUAUGAACAGAUUCAGCAAUUACAUGCAAAGGAGCAAACGCUCGCAUCUGAAAACGCAACAUUAAACGAGAAGUAUCAACUUCAAUCGAUAGAAGGGUCGAAAGAAAGGGGGGCGAAUUUUGUGGUGACGGAAAACGAAGACACGAUAUCAGACGUGGAAACAGAUUUGUUCAUUGGGCAAGCGAAGUGGAAAACCAAAAAAGAUCGACCGAAAUAG